CCAUAUAUGACACACUGCCAGCUGAGAAGACUGGGCACAGCCACAUCUCUGCUCUUCUCACUCGUAGUCAUGCAAAACUGACCGCUUUACCAUAUCUACAUCAUCCUCUGAGACCCGGAAUGAAGACUUGGAGUUUAAGUUAACACAAGAGUAGUAUGCUGGACGUGGGAAAGUGGCCGCUGUUUGCCCUCCUGCCCCCUGAGGAACUGCGGCUCAUCCGCCAAGCCUGUGUGUUCGGUAGCGCUGCAAAUGAGGCUAUCUACGUUACCGUCAAUGACGAGGUGUUUGCACUGGGGACGAACUGCAGUGGCUGCCUGGGGCUGGGAGACACGCAAAGCACCAUUGAGCCCAGGCGGAUAGACAUCUUGUGUGGGAAAAAAAUUGUAUCUUUGAGCUACGGCACAGGGCCACACGUGGUCAUCGCCACUGCAGAUGGAGAAGUUUAUGCCUGGGGUCACAAUGGCUACAGUCAGCUGGGUAAUGGCACCACCAACCACGGUCUGACUCCUGCCUUGGUUUCCACCAACCUCAUCAGCAAGAGGGUGACAGAGGUGGCCUGUGGCUCUCAUCACACCAUAGCCCUCACCACAGAGGGAGAGGUGUAUGCUUGGGGAUACAACAACUCCGGGCAGGUGGGCUCUGGAUCCACGGCCAACCAGCCCACCCCACGCAGGGUCAGCAGCUGCCUGCAAAAUAAGGUGGUGGUCAACAUCGCCUGUGGACAGCUCUGCUCUAUGGCCGUUCUGGAUAAUGGAGAGACUUACGGCUGGGGUUAUAACUGCAAUGGGCAGCUUGGUUUGGGUAACAAUGGCAACCAGCAAACCCCUUGCCGGAUCGCCGCCUUACAGGGAAUCAACAUUGUACAGGUGGCAUGUGGAUAUGCACACACACUGGCUCUUACAGAUGAAGGAUUUGUUUACUCUUGGGGUGCAAACUCAUACGGGCAGCUGGGUACUGGCAACAAAAGCAACCAGGCUGUGCCCACCCUCAUCAACAUGGACAAGGAAAGAAUAGUGGAGGUUGCUGCGUGUCACACCAGUCACACAUCAGCGGCGAAAACACAGAGCGGUCAGGUGCUGAUGUGGGGUCAGUGUCGGGGUCAGGCUGUGGCCUACCCUCACCUCACACACUUCACCAGCACUGAUGAUGUCUUCGCCUGCUUUGCCACACCGGCAGUCACCUGGCAUCUUCUGUCUGUGGAUGGAGAUGACUACCUGACUGUUGCCCAGUCGCUAAAGCGAGAGUUCGACAGCCCAGAAAUCUCUGACCUAAAGUUCCUGGUUGAUGGGAAGUGUAUUUACGUGCACAAAGCCCUGCUUAAAAUCAGGUAAAUUAAA